UAACAGCGGGCAUGCUGCCACGCAGGAAAACAAUCAAGUUGUGGCAGCGUGCCAUUUCAGACACUAUUCAUAUAGUCCAGAGGACUAUUCGCCAGCUGUCCUCUUGUUUAACUCUAUUGUCUCGGUUUUCUCCCGCUGGCUCUGUUAGACACGCCUAUAGCAGAAGAAGCGUGUGCUGCCUUCAAAAAGAUCACACGCUCACGAAGCAUCUAGACAAACAUUGGCGAUAGGGAGUAUAUUCAAUGGUAUCGCCCAGUUUUUUACCUCUAAACUUGAUUACAAGCAUAAUUUGAAAAUUUUCAUCUAUAAAAUUGUAAGCGAGGGUCUAUUAAUUUGAAUACGUAUGUUACUUCAUAAAUACGAACUGGAGAAUGUUUUAGCUAUAUGGCACACCCCCCUGCGAAGAUACUGUUUGGUACAGUCCAGUGGCUUUUGGCUAGCUUGAGUAGAGACUCAACAUCCAGCCGCACUGUGGAGUCCACCGGCACACGCGCAUCUGCGGUAAUGGAAUGAACGGAGGGUGUGUUUUGGGCUGGAUAGAGCAAAGAAAGGUAUGAUUAAGAUGGUCACAUCUGCAGACUGAUCUGGGAUAUUGUUUUAGGGGGGUUUUCAACAAAAACUGCAGAAUUACAAAAAUAAACAUGGAUUGUAAGGAGGAGAUCAGUGACUCUGAUAGCGGGAUCAUUUUAAACUCUGGCCCAGACAGCCCCACGUCUCCGGUGAAGGACCUGAGCACUCACACACGUGCCAUGAGGCUGAAGCAGCAGGCCCUUGAGGACAGACUGGAGCUGUGUGUCCUGGAGCUCAAGAAACUCUGCAUUAGAGAGGCUGAGCUGACUGGAAAACUGCCCUCUGAUUACCCUCUCCUGCCUGACGAGAAGCCUCCGAAGGUCCGGCGACGCAUCGGAGCCGCUUUUAAACUGGAUGAGGGUUUUAUUUCACAGGAUGGCGAGGAGUCUGAGCUGCACGCGCUGGAGGCUGAUCUCGCCCUGCAGCGGCAGAUUUAUGAGGCGGCCCGAAAGCUCUCCCUCGAGGAGCACAUCAGCAAACCGGUGAGGAAAAGCCGACUGCAGCAGUGUAAACGUGAAGAGAAGAAGCUGAAAGAGCUGCAGGAUGCGAUACUGAAACACCGCAUCAACCACGGCUGUGUCUCUCCACAGACCUGCUAUUCAUCCAGACAGAGAGAUCUUUGUAUGUCUGAUGACAGCUCACUGUCUGACGCUGUUGCCUUGGAUGAUGAUUCCGACUCUGCUCCCUUUUCUCCGGCUGUUCUGGGGUCUUCUACAGACAGUAGCAUCCAGCGAUUGACACUCUUACCAAAUAAUGGCCCAAAGCAAUCGAGCUCCAGCUCCAGUCUGGACUAUGAUGCUUCACCCAUCCAGAACUCUCCAUGGAAGGAAUCCAGCUUGGACCAGCCCUACCAGAAACAAAAACCAUCUCACUCUGCCUGCAGCAGCCGCUCCAGCAGUCCAACAGGCUCACCAACAGACAUGAGAAUGGCAGAACUUCCUCCAGCGCCCCAGUUUGUGUUUAAAAGUCUGCCAGUGCGGAACAAUCAGCCAAACAGCGCCCCCUCCACCCCAGAGCUGCCACUGCGCCGACAGUUCUCACAGUCUUUCAGACUUCCCAGAAGCAAACCAGAAUUGACCAAGGCCAGCUCAGACCUGGGACGGGGCCGGACCAAGUUGCCACGUCGACGAGUGACCGAUUUUGCGUUAGCCUACUCCGUUCAACGUUUAUAUCAGUGCAGCUCUGAAGACAGCAGCUCCGAGCUUUCCAUUUCCUCAUAUAGCAGUUCCUCCAGCCGAGAGACAACCACUGAGGCACCUAAACCCUGUCCGCCACCAUACGGCUACCAUCGCACUGCUCCAAAUAAAGCACCAGGCCAGCUCAACACCAACAGCCCACCCAAAAACAACAACAACAACAACAACCCACCUCACCUCAUGGCCGGCCCCAGUCAAGUGAAGAUAAACAACAGGACACCACUUCAGGCAGACAUGGGGAGGCUGCAACUUGGACCGAAUUCACAAUCUGGUACCAUGCAUAGUAAUAAACCCCAACAAGUGGAGGUUACUUCACCCAAACGGAUUCUCAAGCCUCCACCGCCGUACACAAAGGUGGUCCGCACGACGUCGCUGAGAGAAUACCCCAAUCAUCCCAGCCGGGUGCUUCCACGAGAAAUGGUAUCAGGAGAGCUUAAAACCUGGCAUCAGAAAAACAAUUUAGCAGUGUCCAAACACCGCUCACUUGAACGACAAGGAUCGAUUCGAAUUAAGCGCCCAGAACCGCCACCCUACCACCAGGUUCCCUCUCAAAAACAGGGUUCUCAGAAAGUGAUUCUGCAAAGGGCUUCCGAUGGAACGCCGCUGCAGUGGUACGAAGAGGAAGACUCCGAGAUUGUGAGUCAGGUGUAACCAGGUAGAAGGUAGUUUUUAUUUAUUGAGCCAAUGGACUCAUUGAUGUAGCCUGAUAGUGAAAAUUAUGUUAAUUCUCACCAAGACUUUUUGACCAAGUUGGAGCUGAGCCAGUAAAAUAUACGCUUCAAUUUCAUAUAUGCCUACAUUUGUGAUUAAAUUACAAGUCUAAGACUUCCUUGUAAGGCAUCAUGCCAGAUAUUUAUGAUGAAUGUAUAAUAUAAUGGUAAUUUUAUUGAUGUCAGGAGAGUGUGGCUUACUUUUGCAAAUGACUGAUGAAUGCCCUCGUGGAAAUGACAUCGUUUAGUAUAUAUUUGUGUCUGGUACACGAUUCUUCAUAAUGAAAGUAUUACGUAAUAUCUUAGUUUCCCCAUUAUUUUAUUUAAUUUAACACAUUAUGAAUUAAUAUAUUAUUUUUCCAUAUUAUUUUUUAUUUGUGAAUUAAUAUUGCCCCUUUGCUAACACAUUUUUUAAAUUAGUGAAAUGUUUCAAAAAGUGUUGCUCUGCUACUGUAAUAUGCAUUGUAAUAAUAAUCCAUCUGUGAGUCUUAAUAAUACCAAAUGUAGAUAUUUUCCUUCAUGUUUGUACACUAAUUAUGAAAUAUAUUUUAUAUUAUUUAUAAUACACUUUAAUAAACAAUCUCACAGAUCCUCA